GGACAUUUACAAUCUUCAUUAAAUUCGGGCAAAUAGUCUCCCUAGCAGAAUUGGAAUGGGGUACUGCGAGAGAUUCCGAAACGUAACGAGAAUAUCCGUAACUCGUUGCUGCGCAUAGCAUAUUUUCAGGAAUGCGGUAACGCAACUAACUAAACACAACAACGGGACGGGACGUCUACUACCGCCAUUUUGAUAAUGCGCAGAAAGAAAACAUGUUGAUUAUCUUUGCAACUCAGAAGAAAGGAUUGGGAUAGAAAGUUAAUUGUACAUGGAUGUUCAGCGUGAAAAAUGACAGACCCGAAAGUACCAGGAAAAGCGAUCCCCGCCCUACCCAAGAUCAAGCGGCAGAGUAACAAAGGUGGCCUGCGUAACGUGGACAGCAAUAGCAGAGAUGCCAAGGAAGUGACGUUGACAAUAGAACGCUCUAGUCUUGACCUGACAUACAACUCUCCAUGGCGACCCAAAGCAAUCCAGAUGGUGGUCAACAAGGAAUUAGAUUCUCAAUACAGGGAGAAGAAGGCGGCGAUGAAGGAGGAGGGCCGGCCGGCUAGGGAGCUCCAGGACCACUUCGCUUUUAUUUUAGUGAAAGAUCCAUCAGUCAUGACUAAAAUUGCACAGGAAGGCGUCAAGACCAAAGCCAUAGCAUUCAACGCUUUAGGGAACAGUAAGCUUGGGAUUUACGUGUGUAAACACGCAGACGUUCAGCUGAAGCUUGCAGAGUCCUGGAGAGUCAACCGGUGUCAUCUCAUUGUAUGCAAGGUGAUGUAUGGAAAGUGUAAACUGGUGACAGCUCAGAGUCAGGCUGGUGCCGAAAUGGAACCUACACCAAAUUUUGAUUGCCAUGUUUCCCAGGAGAAAGCAAAUCCUAACGACCCAUAUAGUCUUCAGAUCAUGAAGUCCAUGGUGUACAUGUAUGAGUACAAUGAAGACUGUGAAACAAUUGAUAGACCAAAACACUGUGUUCCCUAUGCAUUUGUAGUAUAUGAAAAAUCUAAUGAAAGAAAAACUAGUUCUGACUCCAAGGCACCACAGUGGACUACUAAAACAAAAUCACAGACAAGUUCCCGUCCAACAUCAGGCGGAAACGAGGCUCGAAGGAAAUCCAAUAGGGAGGCUUUUGAGAAAAGAGUUGCAGGGUUAUACCCUGCCCCGCAAUUUCCUCAGUUGUAUAUUCCACCAGUGGAAAACCAGAUGAUGGGUCAACAGGGAUUAGUUUCGUUACCAGUUAGGUCUCCAGUAUAUAGUGUCUAUCAAACCAGGCAAGAUCCUAGGGUGAGAAUUGCGAGUCAGGACAGUGAUGACUCUGCACGGAUGAAACCUGAGGAAGAACAAAAUAUUACACCGUAUAGUCCUGGUGGAAUUCAUGUAGAAAAUGGGGAAGAACGUAUACCUACACCCGAGAGGGAAUUGGAGGACAGCAUCAUUAAAGCAUCUUUCCGAAAAGACGCCCAGUCUGCUGAACCUUCUGAAACUAUCGAAGAAAAAGGGGAAGUUGAUUUGUCCAUGUUGAAUGUAAAUUCUGACCAGCUUGAAGCUGUUGUGAAACACUUAGAAGCUGUGUUAAGAAAGAAACAGGAAGAAUUAUUAAUGAGAGAGAGAAUGGCGCACGAUAACCAUAAUCACGAAUCUCUACCAGACAAUGAACAAGUUUCCCAGAUACAAGAUGUUGAUGAAAGAAUAGCUCUUCAACGGCCCAAUACUAAGGAUAGCUAUAUUGUUAACGAAAUGGGAGACAUAGAUGAAAGAGUGAGAACCAGCUCGCUCAUACAGAAUAACUCUUGGAAUAGAAAUUUUUCCAGUGUUUUUGGAUUUGAUCCCAGAAGUAUUCCAUUUCCAAAGCCAAAGGUAGAACUACCAAUACACGAGGAAAGUACUAAACACAGUACUGACAUAAUACAAGAAGUUCCAAUGGAUAUUGACUCGGACAGUGAAAGCAAUCCUAUUAAAAGUACACUCCAAACAAAUACAAAUGAACUAUCUCCAAAAGGAAAGAAAUUAGGAAGAAAAGUAUCACUAUCAGAUUACAAAGCACGCAGAAAACAGGUGUCUCCUAUCAGAUCUAAAGUGAAUGAAGUAAUAGCAAAAAAUAAAAAUAUUAGCAACAUAAAUGAUCAAAGCUUACUUUCUCUACCUCCUCAUGUAGUGGUUUCAUCGUAUUCACAGUACCUAACAGAGGAACAAGCGAUGUCAUUUCAACAGUCUUAUCCACAUGAUCGUAGUAGAUCAGCAGACAAUGUUCACUUGCGAACUCCAGAUGUCUCAACGAGUCAACAAAUCUCAAAUACUAUGCACAACCCGCAAUCUUCGGGCUACUCCCCAAGAGCGUCAUCCAGUCAGAUUACCAGCAGCUUUCUAAAAUCUCCCAAUGCGAGUCUCUCUCCAGCUUCAGCAAGCAGUACGCAUUAUGGAUUUUUUCAAAGAUCUCCUACGGGCAAUUCUCCUGGCGCGUCAUCGAACCAACCAAUUGGAAGUAUUCUACAGAAAGUGAAUGUGGAUAUUUCCAACAUUAAAAGCAUUCUGCAAAGUAUAGCUGCAUCACCAACGUCAACACCGGCAUCAAGCCCAGAGAAAAAUAUUUGGUCAUCGGCACAUGAAGACGUUCCAUGGCUACAAUUGAAAGAGGUAAAACAACAACUUUCUUAUGAAGAGGAGCAAGCAGGGUUAAGAUAUGAUGCCUACAAUUUGAAAACAGCAAAGACAGAGAUACCCUUAGAGGACGAUGAUGAUGCUGAUUAUACUUCACUUAUUUCAAAAAUUAAGAAUCUACAGCACGAGAUUGAUCAAAUUAAAAAGGAUAAGAAGUCAAGGAAUGCUGAAUGGCCUAGUCCACUGAAAGAUGCGAAAGAACUCGUCGAUAAAAAGUUGGAGAACAACAAACACGAAAUACCCUCGGUAAGCAGAGGCGCAGAUUUACUCCAAGAUCUUGAAUAUUUCCAAGAAGAAAAGGAACAACAUGACGAACCUGAGAAAACAAGCGAUGAUGUUAAAGACUUAAAUGUAAGUGAUGUAAAAAUUCCAGGACUUGGAUUUUUUGAUGAAAGCCCAGAGAAAACCAUAAGUGCAACAAACGAGAAGUUGAAACCAGAUGUCGAGAUAAUCGACCUCUGUGAUGAUGACAUCAAUGCACAGCAUAGCAAACAACGGGAGGAUGCGGAAAUCGUGGAGGUAUCGGACAAUCCUGAUAGUGAUGAUAAUUGUCUUGUAAUAUGUGAUCAUCCAGCAGAGGAAGACCAUGAAUCAAGCAAGCUAGGAUCAGAUAGUUUUAGCAAAGAUCCCCUCAGCAAUGUUGAUGAAACUGCAAAAUGUAGUGAUAAAAAAGGUCUUCAAGUUGAAGAACACAAUUUUCAAGUCCCACUGGAUAUGUCUUCUCCAAUAAAACAUCCAGGGAACAGUGUAGUGGACAGGAACUCGGAUACUGACAAAGACAUUGGCUAUAUUUCAUGUGAAGGUUCGUACUCAUCGGAGAUUGAAAUUUCUCCCAAGAAACCAAAAAUAUUUCCAUUAAAUCCUCCAAACAGAGAUUCAAAGGAGGAGAAUGGGAGAACUUCGUCAAACAUGUUGGAUAUCAAGCCUGAAGAAAAUAGCACAGUAAUUCAAAUUAAGGAAACAGCCAAGUUAUCAACCACAAACCCUAUGGACACGUUAAAAAAUACUAAUUCAACGAGUAUAGCAAGAUCUGACGAAACGAAAAAGAAAGCCCAAAGAGCCAAAAUGAAAGCAUACAUUUUGAAAAAGAACAGAGGCAUGAUUGGGUAUACAAAAAAGAGGAAGCGAAAGAAAAAAGCUACAGAUAUGGAUGACUUUGUUAGCACAACUUCCUCAGACCUCCUUGACAUCAGCGAAUCUUUGAGUGUAGAUAGAUUUUCUGGGGCAAUGUCUUCAAAUACAAGAAUGUCCUCGCCCAUGGAGUUUAUUCCUAAGCUGAACACGUUAUUUAAUGACUUGGGAGUGAAACAUUGGACUGAUGGUUUGAAGAUCAAAGAACUACAACCAGUUGUUUACCUAAGACGGUGUGAUGAUCCAAAAUCUGCAACAGACCAGCCUCUGACAAGAAAGAGACUAGAAACACAGACAUCAGAGAAUUUGCCAGAUGUAGAUAGUCGAUUCCCUCAGCACAAAGAUGACAGAGUUAAGGAGUGGAUUGAGGGAACAAGAAAGAAAAUAAAACUGACUCUGAAAGAUCCGCAAAACAAAGAGGAAGUAAAUGCACAGAGCAUUCUUGUUCUUCCGUCUGCAGAGAAGAAUGUUCCAACGCUACAGAGCAUUCCUGUUCUUCCGUCUGCAGAGAAGAAUGUUCCAACGCCUAUAACAGUGAAACCCGUACAAGAGAGAAUAUGCGUACCUAAUUCCAAUGAGUUAAAUGAAAUAAAAACUGAACAACCAGAACGUUUUAGCCAAAUAAAAACGGAAUCUUCCUCGACCUUAGGCACAUCGAUGGCAAAUACCAUAGUAAAAAAUGAACAAAAAGCAACUCAAGGACAACAUAGAGACCCAUCUCCAAUCACAGUUAUUUGCUCCAAGCCUUCAGUUUUGCCACAAAUGAAGAUGCCGUCUCCUACUGUUACUUCUACACAAUCCCAAAGUCAAUUUAAACCGCUAAAUGUGGUUUCAAGUUCUCAGCCAGCUUCUUCGAGACAAGACCUGUUGAUUCCGCGAAUUGUUAAACUUUCUACUAGUUCCCCAGUGUCACAACUUCCUCUCACUACUAUAAAAUCCGAGACAGUUAUUCAGCAAUCAACAGCCAACUCAAUGUCAGAAACAUUCACUAGUCCCUCUCAACCACCUCCUCAUCAGAAUGUCAACCUACUGACUAAAUCAUACUUUAGCAAACUUACAAGUCAAACAGGAUCAUCUUGGCCUCAUCAUAUUGUAAAUCCCAUUUCAGCUGUACAACAAAGACUGCCUGUUCCACUUCCUGCAGCAGGUAUUCAUCAGAGUUUGACAAGCUUUCGUGCUCCCUAUUUACCGUCUGCAGGUCAUAUCACUUUGACUACAACAGCUAUCCCACAAGUGCAACCGCUAGUUAUUAAUACGCAAUCAACCGUAAAUAACGUUCAAUCUUUAGUAAAUACACGUGAGAGCACCAUAUUAGUUAUUCCUCAGAAUGUUCAAGUGCGAACUGUUGACCCGAGAAACUUUGUUCAAGUAUCAACAACGUAUGGCACUAAUCUGAACUAUCCUCCACCAUAUACGCACACGUCGACGUCUCCGCAUCCAUUCCCUGGCCAACGAUUUCAAAGUCCGAUCACACAAUCUUUAUACCAGGGUGUUUAUCACCCGACGCAAUCGUCAACCCAAAAUCUUCAACCAAGUGUUCAGAGACCUCCAUAUUCAAAUCAACCUCAUCUACAGCAUUUGCACCCGGGAACAUUUCAACAUAAUCAUCCAGUAAUUCCACCUUCACCUGAGCAAGGAAUGCCGGGUCAUCUUAUUCUUCAGGGUGUACAGCCACCUCCUCCCCAAGUCAUACCACCUCAACCCGUUCAUCAAAACUUGCAACCCUACACUAAUCUACCAAAUAAUCAAGCCCCCACGGCAUCUACAUCUGCAAAUUUCAGUACUAAUAAUGAGAAUGCGGUCAUAAAAAAGAAAUCAACAGAUGUAAUGGACUGGUUUGCCGAGAAAUUCGUACCAAAGAAGCAUGUGAAAGAAAGUGGAUCAAAUAGCUACCAUGAUACGUAUCCUGACUCUGAUUCUAGACGUUCACGGAGAUCAAGAUCUCGAAGUCCAACUGACUCUUACUGCGAAUCGUCGCAAUCUCCAAAUCUACGGAAGAAAAGAUCUGAUUCUUUUUUAGUACAUGGCUGCCAGCUGCAAGGAGCUGGCAGAAAUGAAUUAAAUAUAAAAACCAAAGAUGCACACGAGUUAUCCCCGAGGAGAAAAAGUAAGUCCCCAGAAGGAGUGUGUUCACCUCUGGGCGAGGAAAGACGAGAUGCACUGGAUGAAAGGAAUCAAUCACUGGAAACACAGACUUCUACGAAUACGCAAAGAAUUACGACUGGUAGUAUUGUAAAUUGGAGGGAACGAGUACAAGAAAAUACCAAAGAGACAGAAUGCUCCGGUAGUAUUUUCGAAGAAACGUUUGGUGAUGACAAAUCAAAACCAGCAUUCAGAAAUACCUUCAAGCUUUUAACAAACAAUGUGUGUCAGCCAGAAAGAGAAAUAGCUGACACUCCAGCGAGUCCAGACAAUGAUAAUCCAAAUAUAUCCUUUGAAACUCCUGCAAGUCCAGAACAAGAAACACCAGCAAGUCCAGAUCACAAUGUAUCAGAAAUCCCGCAAAUAUCUUUCGACAUCAUUGAUGUGAGCGAAAGCCCCGACAGACCAACAGAUGACGAAAAGAGUGAUCUGUUAGAUUCUUCAAUUGAUGGACUUGCACGUAAACGAGAAUUUCUCAGAAGACAGUUAGACGAUUUAAGGUCCAGCUCGGGUUCGCCACGGGUGAGCAGGAAUGUUGAGUUAAAAUCGCACGAUUUGAUAGAGAUAUCUGAUGAAGAGUUGGAAGAAGGAGAAAUAGCUGAUGAAGGUAUGGAAGGUAAAGGGAAAGGAAGUAGGUCUACACAAAGUGGUAGGAGAGUUGUAGCAGUUCGUGAAACCGACGAUACCAAAGACAAGGUUAUAGGCAAAUAUCAUAAGGGACUUAGUGUGACAGUGAAAUCUAAAGGAAAAUCAAAUCAUGUAGAGAAAAAAGAAGUUAUGGAUACUUGCAGAGACAAUGGGAAAGAAAAGGAAAGAAAGAGUAAAAGAGAAAGAAGCUGGUCUUCUGACGAUAGCGAUCAUAGAACAGACAAAAAAUGUUCAGAUAGGCCCAAAGAUUAUCAUAGAGUGUCAAGAAAAGAUCAGAAUUCACGUGAUCAUGAAUCGCGGCGAAUUAAAUCAAGAGGUCGAAGUUCAAGCACUGAUAGACAUAAGAAACGACGUCGCAGUUCUAGCACCAGUAGGCAUUAUAAGUCACGUGAUCGGAGUUUCAAUAGUGACAGGUGGUACAAAUCACAUGGUCGGAGUUCAAGUAGCGGCAGGCGAUACAGAUCACGUGAUCGGAGUUCAAGUAGUGAUAGACGGUACAGAUCACGUGGUCGGAGCUCAAGUAGUGAUCGAAAGUGUAGAUCACGUGGUCGUAGUUCAAGCAGUGAUAGGAGAUAUGAAUCACAUGGUCCCUGUUCCAGUAAAGAGAGACGCCAAGACAAAUACAGGAAACCCAGUAGAUACGUAUAUAAAGUGCAUGAUAGUGAUUCUAGCGAGGACUCUUCAAAAACGAAGAUGAGUGGAGGAAAAUUUCGGGGAUCAGGAGGUUAUGGCGAAUCCCACAAAGAGGAUGAGAAAUCGGCUGAAAUGAAUAGAAUUCCGUCUAAAAAAAAACACAACACGUCAACUGUCGCAAAUGCUUGGUCAGAGAUGUUACGACAAAACCCUACAAAUAUUGAGGUAAUUAAGGGCAACAAAGAAAAAACAGAAAUAUCCAAAUCCAAUGAGGAUGAUUUGAACGUUUAUAAAGAGUUGAAAGAGUACAUCACAUUGAAAAAUAGUCAAGUGUCAUCAACCAACUUAAAAGGAAACAGACAAAAUGACGUGUCGGAAGAAUCCAAAGCAGCUAAAGGGUUUGUACAAGUUAUUCGAAAUACGACAUCUCUAGAGACUUUGAAAUCCUGGGCAAUUCGAGAAUUUAAAUUCAAAUCAGAAUCUGAAUUUGAUAAGAUUGUUCCUAAAAUUACUGUUGAUAUGGAUCGUGAAAUAGCACAACUAUCGAAGUGUCAAAGGAAAUCAGCGAAAUCUAAGUUACGAAAAGAAAUCGAGAUAGCUAUGGAAACAUUGCGAAUAGAAAAUCUUAAUGCUAGCCAGUCAUCCCCUGUCGCUUCAGCGGAAAGUAUUAUCAACGACGACAAAAGUGUAUUAGAGAUCAGACCUUUUGAACCCUUAAAUUUUACCAAACUUUUGAUAGAGAAAGAGCUGGAGAUAGUUCGGGAUCAUUUAAAGAGACUGUGGCAUUCCACACAAGAACUUAUUGAUGAUAACCCUCGUGCACGGAAGUCAGGGGCGUCAACAUUAGAUAACGGCAUUCAUUUAUUUUCUAUCAGACAGGACAUGCAACAAAUAGAAACAGACCUAGUUCAAAGAAUCUCUACAUACGGAGCUCAUUUCGGUGUCCCAAAUCGUCGAGUGCCAAAUGAGUUGCUGACUUUUGAAGAAAAGAACGGCCAUUUCUCAGAGGAAAGCUUAGUUUUAGUAUUGUCCGGUUAUAUCCCAUCAAAGGCUUUCCAGAAACUUUCAUCGCUUCGGGAGAAAUUGGAAAAUUCGAAGAAGGAAAUUGCUCAUGCUGGAUCAAUACAAAAUAAAGAACAAUUGCAAAGGCUGAAAGUUGGGAAGGAAGAAAUUCACAGGGCCAGAAAAGCCAUGAUGUUGUCUUUCACUGGACCACUAUCCAAGAAACGGAUUCAAAAGAUUAAAACGAAGGCGAAAUGUUAUAGAAACUGCAUAGACUACUUUAAGAAGGAGUUGGGUGAAUUUGAUGCAGAGUCUCGUCUUAAAUAUCUAAUGAUAUCCCUGCAGGAUCUGGAUAAACACUACAAUUUGUUAACUCAGUUACAGGAUGAGCAAGAAAAACAGAAACAUGAGGAGAUUAGUCAAGACAUUCACCUGAAAAGGAGGAGAGUAAUGGUGGACAAGUUUCACGAGAACUUUAGAUUUGUCGACAACCAGCUGAACAGCAUGUAUGCCAAAUACCAGCACACGCAUCCGCACGUGUGCGUCGCCAUUACGGAUGUUUCUAAAAAGAUUAAGGAAGCUUUGACCUUAAUAGAUGCAGAAAAAGAUUCCAAGAAUAUCUCUGUGACUACUGUUGCCCAGUUAGAACAAAUUCUUAAAUCAUGUCUAUCAGGCUACGAAAACGUUAAACAACAAAUAGUUGACCUUGAAGUGAGUAUUCGGUCGCAGUGAACGGAAUGCUAUGCUAUUUUUCUGCCUGAUAUUUUAGAUAAUUAUGUGUAGCAUGUAGUGAAACUAGUACAUGUAUAUUUUUUCUAUAGUUUAGAUCGAAGAAAACUAAGUCUCGCAUUAGAUUUUGUUUUUGUUUUUAAAUGACCCGCCAGGAAAUUGCAUGGAGAUAUAGUUUUACCCUUUCCGUCAUUUCGUCAUAAUCAGCUUUCGUUCAAUUCUGCUAAGGAUGCACACAUUAAAUUGAAAUUUGAAUAUACAUGUGUAGGCCAAAUUCUUAUUUGGUUUUGGUUGAAUAUUUUAGUUGUGCCUCUAGGACUUACAAAAUUCAAUUGAUUCAGUUUCCGCUCAUUAUCUCGGUCACACAUGGACAUUUGAUUUGAAAUUCAAGGUGGAGAUACAUCAUGAGAAUAUAAGGUAAUAUACUGGGUAUUUCCGGUCAAAUGUUUGGCAAAGUUGCGCCCCUUGGACAGUUACAGCUUUCACUCAUUAUCACAGUCACACAUGGGCAUUUUAAUGUGAAAUUUGGGAUAUAGGUAUAUGAUGAGAAUGUGCAUAUCAAUGAAUUGAAAUUUGAGAGAUAGGUAUAUCAUGAAAAUGCGCAUUUUAAGUACUUGUAUCGGUUCGAUCGGAUAACUUUUGGCAGAGUUAUGGCCCUUAGGUGGUGGCGUUUGUUACACUCAGACACAUCUAGUUUACCAUCGUUUUCAUUGCUAUAUUUUAUGGAGAAUUGAAAUUUGCACAAAAUUUUAAUACACGUUAUCUGGUGGUUGACACUUUGGGUUUUUUUGGGGGGGAGGGGGGGGGGGCUAGGGGAACUAAAAGCUAUUUGAAAAAAAACCUUUGCCCUUUGGAUUGAAGAUAGUGUGUAUCGAUCAAAUCUGAUUCAAAACCGCCCAGAUAAACACGGAGUGCCAAGAUAACGGCCAUACAUCUUUGUAACCGCAUUCAAAUUUAUGAGAAAAAUCAUAAUUUUUUCAUGUAUUUGAUUUUUUACUUAGUUCUUAUCGUCAGAAACAACAUUAUUUCACUACUUCAUGAGAUGUGCUGCAUGAGUUCAUUACCCACAGAUUGAUGCUGUUUAAUAAGGCAUGUCUUGUUGAUAGGUAAUUAAGAAUUUCGAUGUUCCUAACAGUAUGAUUGAUGUUUGAACACUUUUCAUUUAGUUGUAGAAAAGCGUAAAUGUUUUCCACAAUUGAUUUUAGUGAGUUUAUCGUAUAUUUUCUCGUACAUGCGCGGGAAAAGAAACAUCUAGCGAACGUGUAAGUUUAUCCUUACCAGGAUGGCAUUCUAGAUUUUACGUAACAAGUGUUGUACAAGUUAGUCUUGAUGUUUAAUGUUGUAUUGAUUGUUAAAAAUAUAUUUUGCUUUCAGUAUGGUAUUGAAUGUUGUUGCGUAUUGUAAACUAGUCAAGACUUGUUGAAAAAAAUGAUUAUGGGGCAUUAUGUUGUGUAGAAAUGCAAUGAUUGAUAAUGUGCGUUAAUUUUGUUCUAAUAUCCGUUACUGUGAUUCAAAGAUUUUUUUCUUCAGUUUAAUCUACUUAAUGUAUGUUUUUAACCGGCCAGUGAAUAUACAUAUAUUUGUAACCGUAUUGAGAAUGCAGUAUAUUUUGUAUCAUAAAAGGUUGUAGUUCAUUAAAGUGCAUUGCUUCUGAAUGA